GCCCUCCAGUAGAUCCCUCCGCGGGGUCAGGCACACUUUUUACACAACACAAACAAAUUAACCGAGUGUGACGCAGACACAGACAGAGCUACACCCUUUAAACCCUCACUCCGGCUGAACGUCGCCUUUAUCCGGGUGUAAAAGAUAAACUCUGCCCGGUAAACGGUUCUGCUCCGGUACGGUAGUAAAUGUUUUCUGGGACCUACUUCUCCUGCUGGCGCUGACAGGCGGUGCUACGGUCGCUCCCAAACAUGGCCUCCAUGACGGAGCGACCGCUUCAACUUUAAUUUUUCGCCAAUUUUCAGCUGAAAACCGUCUUUUUUUCGUUCCACGGUCAACGGGAAUGCUUCGUCGGACAAUCUUAUCAUGCCAGACUUGUGAAACAGAUGUUAUCUUUCGGAGAAGUUCGCUGUUGGGUUUAAACAGAUCGGUUUAAGUUGGCUGGAAAACUGGAGAGGAAAAAGAGAAUUGCAUCAAAUCAAAUGCCAUCUGAGGCCCAGUCUCAGGAGCCUCGGGACAGAGGACCGCCCCCUCCCGUCACUCGGGCCGGACGCAGUGCUCAGCUGGCCAAAGCCGCCGCUACGAGCCCGGCCCCCGAGAGGCGGCCUCGUGGGCGACCUCGGAAAGAUGGGGGCAGCGGCCGCUCUGCGCCUCCCGCCCCACCUCCUCCUCCUCCGCCUCCUCCUCCACCACCUCCCAAAUCCAGGAAGAAGGGGCGGAGUCGAGGCCGAGCCCAGGUAGAGGACGAAGAGAGCAUGGAUGCCACGGAGAAGAAACCCCCUCAUAAGACAGAGAUGAAGGAGGUGAAGGACGCAAAGGAGAAGACAACAGGACGCCGUCGAUCCACCUCCAGGAGGAAAUCUAACCCUAACCCAGAACCAGAACCUGAUCCUGAUCCUGAUCCUGAUCCUGAUCCUGAUCCCCACCCCGACCCCGACCCUGAACCCAACCAGGACAGGCUCAGUCCAGAACCUAAGCUGGACCCUGACCCUGGUCCCCCUCACCCUGACCGCACAAUCCCUGAGUCCAGCCCAGAACUGGCUCCCAGUGCUGAGGAGGACAGAACCAGCACUGCGCCUGCUGCCGCCAUCCAGGCCACCAGUCCCAGACAAGCUUCCACUCCUGGGGAAGAACCUCAAGUCAGCCCACUUCAUGCCUCCCCGUCCCCGUCCCUGGACCGUAGCUUGAUUCACAGCCCCACCUCCAGCCCCAGACCAGCUACUGAUCCUGUGAAGGAGGACCGGCCCAGCCCGAUCCUCAGCCCUGCCCCCAUGGAGGUGGAAUGCAGUCCUGGCAUUGUUCCUAUGGAGACAGAGGGCGGUGCGGUGAGUCCUGGGGCCAGUCCCAUGGAGCAGAGUCCCACUCUGAGUCCCUGCUCCAGUCCUCCGGGUUCUCCCUGCCCCCGGUUGGAGGACGAUGACUUGCUGUCCCCUCUGUUCCAACGGUCCCUGUCAGAGGACUCUGGGGGCUCGCCCACCCCCAGCCUGGGACACACCAAAAAGCGUCUGAAGCAGUGUGCCUUCUGUUACCGUGGUGACGAGCCUCCGCUGGGCCAGGGCCGCCUGGUGGUGUUCGGCCCGACGCCCGGCUACAUCCCCCUCCACAUCCUCAACCGCCGCGCCUCCUCUGACCGAGACAGUGACUGCCAUGACCACUGCUACCGUGGCAACCAGGCCCCUCCAUCGUGCAGCAGUCCAGAGCAGUGUGAGGACGAGUCUUCCUCAGAGUUUGUGGAGCAGCUCGGACCCAUCGGCCUUCCACACGACAUAAACGUCCAAUCACUGUUCGACCCCACAGGUCAGUGCUGUGCUCACUUGCAGUGUGCAGCCUGGUCAGAGGGGGUGUGUCGAGGCGAGGGCCAGUCGCUGCUCUACGUGGACAAAGCCAUCGACACAGGAAGCACACAGGUGUGUGCCUUCUGUCGCCGGCUCGGGGCGUCGCUGCGUUGCCGGGAGACGGGCUGUGGGCGGAGCUACCACUUCCCCUGUGCUGCUGCCGCUGGAGCUCAUCAGGACUGGAACCAGAGACGCACACUGUGUACAAGACAUACACACGCAGUCUCUUCACAGUGUGUGUUGUGUUCGGGUGGCGGUGAUGUCAGCGGUCUGUUGAUGUGUUGUUGCUGUGGUAACUGUUACCAUGGGAGCUGCCUGGAACCCCCUCUGGCCUCCUCCCCGCAGUGCCGGGCCGGCUGGCAGUGUCCUCGGUGUCGAGCGUGUCAGAGCUGCAGGUUGCGAGGGGAUGAAGGGGGUGUGUUGUUGGUGUGUGAGCGCUGUGAUAAAGCUUACCACACACACUGUCUCACACCACCUCUGGAUCACACACCAAGCACCGGCUGGAGCUGCAAGAACUGCAGGAUCUGCCGCCGCUGUGGUGUGAGGUCAUCAGGCCAUUGGGCCAAUCACCCGUUUCUAUGCGAGUCAUGUGACCCGGCCCUGCCCUGCCCUCUCUGUGGCCACGCCCCGGACCUCUACACACCACAGGAGAUUCUCACCUGUACCUGCUGCUAUAGGUGUGUCCAUACAGAGUGCAUUGUCCAGACUGGGGAGGGCAGGGCAGGGUCUGAAAGUUAUGUCUGCUCCACCUGCAGGCCUCAGGAGGAGAAUCUAAGUCCCAACACUCCAAUCCCACACAGUCCUACCCCGGCCCUGUCUGUCAGUCCCCCUCAAGCAUCAACCAUUAGCAUUUCACAACCACGUAUUCACAGUGAUACUGAGGAUCCACUCAUCAGUCCUACCGCUCAUAGCCCAGUCCAGCUUGUCUGCUCAGAGCCACCAAAGAGUCCCACCAAGACCACCGUUGCAUCAUCACAGCAGAGUCUUACCCCAGCGAACCCUGACCCAUCAGAGCUCCUAGAAUGUCCUGCUUCUAUUCACCCUGACCCAUCAGAGCUCCGACAAAGUCCUGCACCUAUUCACCCUGACCCAUCAGAGCUCCGACAAAGUCCUGCACCUAUUCACCCUGACCCAUCAGAGCUCCGACAAAGUCCCGCACCUAUUCACCCUGACCCAUCAGAGCUCCGACAAAGUCCCACACCUAUUCACCCUGACCCAUCAGAGCUCCGACAGAGUCCCGCACCUAUUCACCCUGACCCAUCAGAGCUCCUAGAAUGUCCUGCUUCUAUUCACCCUGAACCAUCGGAGCUCCGACAAAGUCCUGCACCUACUAACUGUGACCCAUCAGAGCUCCGACAGAGUCCCGCACCUAUUCACCCUGACCCAUCAGAGCUCCUAGAAUGUCCUGCAUCUAUUCGCCCUGAACCAUCAGAGCUCCGACAAAGUCCUGAGCCUACUCGCCCUGACCCAUCUGAGCUCUUACAAAGUCCUGAGCCUAUUCAGUCUGACCCAUCAGAGCUCCGACAAAGUCCCGCACCUGUUCACCCUGACCCAUCAGAGCUCCGACAAAGUCCCGCACCUGUUCACCCUGACCCAUCAGAGCUCCGACAAAGUCCCGCACCUACUCACCCUGACCCAACAGAGCUCCGACAAAGUCCCGCACCUAUUCACCUUGACCUAUCAGAGCUCCGACAAAGUCCCGCACCUACUCACCCUGACCCAUCAGAGCUCCGACAAAGUCCCGCACCUGUUCACACUGACCCAUCAGAGCUAUUACAAAGUCCUGACCCAUCAGAGCUCCGACAAAGUCCUGCUCCAUCUCACUCUGAUCCAUCAGACCUCCGACAGAGUCCUGCAUCUACUCACCCUGAUCCAUCAGACCUCCGACAGAGUCCUGCUCCAUCUCAUCCGGAUCCAUCAGAGCUCCCAGGGAGUUCUGCACCUAUUCAUCCUGAUCCAUCAGAGCUCCAACGGAGUCCUGCACCUAUUCAUCCUGAUCCAUCAGAGCUCCAGCAGAGUCCUGCUCCAUCUCACCCUGAUCUAUCAGCGCUCCAGCGGAGUCCUGCUCCAUCUCACCCUGAUCCAUCAGCGCUCCAGCAGAGCCCUGCUCCAUCUCACCCUGAUCCAUCAGAACUCCAACAAAGUCCUGCAUCUACUCACCCUGAUCCAUCAGAGCUCCAACAAAGUCCAGCUCCAUCUAAUCCUGACCCCACAGAGCCCCAACAAUUUCACAAAUCAUCUCAUUCUAAUCAAAUAGAGCGCCAAAAAAGUCCACCACCCUCUAACCAUGGUGCAACAAAACUUGAAAAAAGGUCUUUGCCAUCUCUCUUUGAUACUGCAGAACUUCAAAGUCCUGCCCAAUUUCACCCUGAUCCUAUAGAGCUCCAAGAAAGUCCACUGCCAUUCAACCUUGGUCCAGCAGAACUCCAGGAAAGCCCUGCGUCAUUUAACCUUGACCCUACAGAACUCCAGGAAAGCCAUACCCCAACUCCCCUUAGUCCAGCAGAGCUUCAACAAAGCCCUACACAGUCUCAGUCUGGUCCAACAGAACUCCAAAAAAGAAAUAUUCCAUCCCCUCCCGGUACUGCUGAGCUGCAACAUAGCCCUACCCAUAUGACUUCCACCAUGCAGGCCCAACAUCGUCCUUGCCAGCCCAGUUGUACCUCUUCUAUUCCUACCCAGAAUUCCACAGAGGAGCAGCUUAUAGCCACAGAGUCUCGGCAGAGUCCAAUGCAGGGUAGUCCCAUGUCUUGUGGUCCUGCACAUUCUCCACAAAGCCCUCCACCAAACAGUCAGACCCAGGGAGGGCUUAAUCUACCCGGGAUUCAGCCAGAGCUUGCAGAGCCUCAGCACAACUCUCCACCUCACAGUCCUGCACAGGAGGUCAUUACACAGACACAGCUUGGUAGACCAUGUAGUCCUGCCAACAUCAUCAUCACACAGCCUCAGCCCAGUCCCCCACAAAGCUGGCAUAGUCCAACACCACAUAGUCCUGCACAAGUUGGCACAUCACCUCCAGAAAAUCCCACACAGGAUGCUGAAUCUACACUGGACCAGGAGAAUCCUGGAUCAAGCAGCCCUGCUCACCUACGAUGUGGGGCUGCACAGGCCAUUUCUACACUGGACCAGGACCCCUCACCAGUCUACUGCAGGUCUACCAAGACAGCAAGAAGACACGCCUCGCCGAGGCCCAUUUCAGCUCCAUGUAGCCCAUCACCGUCCCCACUCAGACCCACACAGUGUAGUCUUUCACAGCCUGCUAGCCCAGUACAGGCCCACUCUACACAGCCUGAUAGGCCUUUGCAGCUUAGCCUGCUUCCCUCUCGGCAUACUGCACAGUCAAGAGUCACUGAGGAAUGCACCCAAACCAGUACCACAGAGCUGAAGUCCUCGGAGCAUAGCCCUGUACAGCUGAGUCCAAAUGUUGAUGGCCAAACACUGGAAAGUAGCCCCGUCUCUCCUACCCCCACCCCUGAACUGUUCAUGGUGCCCAGUGAUAGCCACGGCACAGAUGGCCAACUUCUAAACCAGCCUGGUCCUGUUCAGAGUAGCAUACUUAGCCCUGACCAUUUUAGCCCCUGCCAUGUCCCUGCUAUCACAGCACCAGAAAGCCUUGUUCACAUUAGCACUUCAGCGGAACACAGUAGCCUAAUCUCACCUUGUGCAGAUGAAAUAGAGGAAAAUCCUCCCCCAGCUAGCCAUGUUUCUAAGGGUCCUUCUCAUGACAGACCCUCAUUCUGCAUGGAAGGUAAAGCUAGCCCCAUACAUAUCCAAGCUAGCUCAGCUCGUACUAGCCCCACACAUGUCAGUGAAAUGCCUAUUAGCCGUGCAAGCUCUCAUCAGGCCUAUGCUAGCUCAAUGCCUAUGGAGACUAGCCCUGCCCGCGUCAACCCUUUACCUGCUGAGACUGGCCCCUCAGCAGGACUGGCUCGACCCGUCCACCCUCUCUCGUGUCAGGAUGAGGAGAUGGAGGUAGCUGUCGACCACACAACCCUUUUUAUUCAUUCAGAAGCUGGUCCCAGUCAUAUUAAAUCCAGUCCUGGCCGUCCAGUUCAUACUAGUGCUACUCCGGCUGGCCCAGUCCACACAGAAGCUAACAGUGACUGCAGGCUGAUUGUCACUGUAGACUCCCCAGAAAGAAGUAGUCCCCCUGUUUGCAGUUUUGCAGAGCUCUCACAGACUCAGACGAACCAGAGUCCCACACAUCCCAGUCAGUCAAGUCCUUCAUAUGUCCAAACUACAUGCAGUCCUUCACAGACUACUCCAGCUAGCUUUAGUCCACCACACUGUAGGUCCACUGGUACUAGCCCAGCUAGUAGCUUUAUUAGCCACAGUCUGAGCAACAUUACCUCAGACCACAUUAGCCAGACAGGUUCCCACUCUGCUAGUGUAAAUAGUGGUGUCAUCUACAGUCCAUCUAGGUCUAGUCCUGCUGGUCAAGCUAGUCCUGUUCACAUAAAAAGCACCUCUAGUGGUGCCCACUCAGGUCCUCCCCAAAGACAGAGUCCCUCAUCAACUAACUCGAUAUACAGCAGCCCUGCACAUGCUUCUGUCGUUUGUGUUAGCCCACCUCACAGUCCAGCUCAGGCCAGUGAAACCUGUCGUAGCCCCGCUGGUAGCCCAUGUUAUAGCCUAGCUCCAGAAACUGAAACUGGCCUUACUGUGGCACAGCUGAGCCCCUCUUUGGCUAGUUCAACUCUUGAUGUGGACAGUGUGCCCAGCUCUUUAAUCCAGAGCUCUGUUCUUCCCAGUGCAGUUCAGCUUGAUCCUGGCCUUGUUAAACCCAUAGACAGUAUUAUGCAGACGAGCACAGAACAUGCCAUUUCCUUACCAGAUGACUCACCUGCCGGUAGCCCCAACCAGGUCAGUCUGAGCCAGGUUAGUCCCCAGUUCCCUGUUAGUCCUGACCCUGACAUGUCUGCUGUUUCGGUAAACCCCUUGUAUCAAAGACCAACCCCCCCUUUUGAUGUUACUUCCACUCAGGCUAGCCUGAGCCAUGCUAUCCCUAUCCAUUCUAGCCCCACUCAGGAUAACAUUGCAAUGCCUGGCACUAGCCAUACCAGUGAAAUGCUUGCUAGUGUCCCACCCCCUGCCUCCUCACAGGUCAGUCCUGCUCAGACACACUCCUCUCACGUACCACAGGCUCAAGCCAGCUCUGUGCACAGUAGUGAGGCUGCAAGUCCUGUUUGUGGCCCUAUGGAUUCAGGUGAUACACAGACUACCCCACGUCCUGGUCCUGUCAGCCCUUUGCAGCCAGAAGAUAUUCCAAGUCCUGUUCCUGAUAGCGCUAUGAGGUCUGACGGUAGCCCUGAUCCCAAUCCGAUUUGCCCUGUUCUUGCUACCCCUGUGCAGCCUGAAAACAGCCCUAGUCCUGGUAGCCCUGCUAGCCCUGUGCGGCCUGAUGCUGGUCCUGGAAUCCACUCUGUUUCCAGCCCUCAGCAAGAAACAAAAACAGAGAGAGUGUCUGCAGCACCUGUGGACGUCAGCAUGGCUGAGGAGCAGGAAGAGGUGGUCCAACAGAGGAAGACUGAAGAGGAGGAGAUGGACAGAGAAGCUCUGCAGCAGGAGGAAGUGGUUGAUGUGGAGGAGCCUCAUCAGACAACAAAGGAGAGACCAGAUGAGGAGGGGCCUAUUGGGAGGACAGAGGACGAGGGAGAACAAGACCAGGAGGAGGAUCCUCCUUCAGGAGUCCAGUCUGCGUUGGUCCUGAAUGAAGACCAUCAGUCUUCUUCUCACAGUGCUGCUGUGUCCCCAUUCCUCCCAGAACCAGCUCCUCCCUUCCCCCAACCCCCCUCGCCACACUCUGCCUUAACGCUCCAACAGUCUUCCUGCAAGCCCUCAUCUUCACUUCCUGCCUUCCCCCUACCUUCACAACGAUCUUCACCUCCUUCUCCUCCUAGAGCUGGCUCUCUGGAGGCCUCCCCCUCCUCCUCCCCUCACAGGACUGCCUUACUCCCCUCUUGCUCUCCCCUAACCCCACCUCCUCCCUCCCCUCCUCUGGAGGACCGCCCCCGGGAAGAGAAGCCUGCCAAUCAAAGAGGAGUUGAGACUGGGACAGGAGCAGAGGCGGGCUUAGAGGACAAAACACUUUCCAGCCAAUCACAGAGCCAGUUUGAACCUGUUGCUGCGGCCACAGAAACCACCAAAGACGAGCACCAAUUACACGCUGAGCCUUCAGAGAGGGAGGAGGAGGAGGAAGAGCCUCCUGAAACACCGGAGCCGGCAUCACAGGGGGCAGCCGCUCCAGAGGUGGUUGCCAGGCAACUGCCAAUGAAGGAGAGGGAGGAGGAGGAGGAAAAGGAGAAGGGAGGAGUGACAGUUGAGAUGCAAGAAAAGGAGGUACAGGAGGCAAGGGAGGGUGCCAAGCAGGAGGAUCAAUCAGAUGUGGAGGAGGAGGAGCCAGUGAGCCCUGUGCUGGACCUGGACGCCUCUUUUGACAAGGAGGUGAUGGAGCUGAUGACCUCCUCAUCUCUUCCACCCUCCCCCCUCCACCUGACCUCCCCCAGCCCGCCUCCCCUCUCCCGCCGGGGGAAGGGUCGGACUCUCAGGCCUCCUCCCUGCUCCUCCAGGCCUUCGGACGACCUCUCCAUCCGUCUGAGGCAGUCCCCCUUCUCCGCCGAGGCCUCCCCUGAGACUUCCCCCACCAGAGCUCCUGUCACUCCACCUCCGCUCUCCCCGCCCUCACCUCCUCUCAGGUCCCUCCCCCCUGCCAGAGAGUCUCCACCUCUCUCCAAGGCACUUCCCACUCCUGUGCUCACCCUCACUCCUAAAAUCGGCAUGGGGAAACCGGCAAUCUCUAAGAGGAAGUUCUCCCCCGGCAGAGCCAGGGUCAAACAGGGUUCGUGGUGGAGUAAUCGCAGGGCGGUGAGCCCCCCCUCGUCCUCCCAGGAUUCCACGGGGGAGGGAGGGUGGGACAGCCCUAAGCCCCGUCCACUGGACUCCCCCCUCUGGAGCAUGAGAGUGGGUCGUGGUUCAGGGUUUCCAGGCAGGAGGAGGUCCAGAGGGGGAGGUGUUGGAGGAGGAAGAGGAGGAGGCAGAGGAAGGAGCAGACUGAAGCCUCAGGAGAGUUUGACUGUGUCACCUGGAUGUGGCCACGUGGAGCCGUUCCAGCCGAAGGAGGAGGAGGAGAACUCGAUGCACAACACGGUGGUGAUGUUCUCCACUUCCGACCACUUCACCCUCAGACAGGACAUGUGUGUGGUGUGUGGUAGUUUUGGUCAGGGCGCUGAAGGCAGACUGCUGGCAUGUUCUCAGUGUGGACAGUGUUACCAUCCCUAUUGUGUCAACGUCAAGAUUACACGGGUGGUCCUGACCAAAGGUUGGCGCUGUCUGGAGUGUACGGUGUGUGAGACGUGUGGGGAGGCCAGCGACCCUGGGCGACUGUUGCUAUGUGACGACUGUGACAUCAGCUACCACACCUACUGUCUGGACCCGCCCCUCCAUACAGUACCUAAAGGAGCCUGGAAGUGCAAGUGGUGUGUGUGGUGUGUCCAGUGUGGCUCCGCCUCCCCCGGGCUGCACUGUGAUUGGCAGAGUAACUACAGUCGCUGUGGACCGUGUGCCAGUCUGAGCCGCUGUCCUCUCUGUCAGAGACCGUACACACAGGACGACCUGAUACUGCAGUGUCAGCAGUGUGACAGGUGGGUCCACGCUGUGUGUCAGGGUCUGACCACUGAGGAUGAGGUGGAGGUUGCUGCUGAUGAAGGCUUCAACUGUUCGCUGUGCAGAACCAAUGGUCACGGCUCAUACGGGAGGUCAGACAGCUUUGAUUCUCCCUACAUGGCUCAGAUCAUCUCCAGGAUCAGAGAACCAGACACAAAGACCUACACUCAGGACGGCGUGUGUCUCACAGAGUCAGGUCUGUCUCACCUGCAGUCUCUGGUUGAACCUCUGACGUCACCGCGCAGGUAUCGCAGGUGUAAACCCAAACUGAAGCUGAGGAUCAUCAACCAGAACAGUGUGUCUGUCCUACAGACCCCACCUGACCCCGACCCCCCCCCUGAGCAGGACCACAGCAGAGGGGAUUUGGAGUGUGAGAUGAAAUCCGACUCCAGCCCCGAGCGAGACCACGCCCACAACAAUGAUGUCACCAAGGAGCCUGAGGUUACUGAUGGCAACAAGAAGAGGAAGAGGAAACCGUACAGGCCUGGUAUCGGGGGGUUCAUGGUGCGUCAGCGUGGAGCGAAGGCCGGUCCAAGUAGAAUCAAACUGUGCAGAAAAGAUUCAGCAGAGACGCUGCUGGGCCGAGACGAAGGCCUGUUUGAUGCUGAUGUUGCCAUGGAGACUGCGCCCCCUGCGGACCAGGUAAUGGAGAAGGUGAAGAAGAGGUAUAGGAAGAAGAAGACGAAGCUGGAGGAGGCUUUCCCAUCUUAUCUCCAGGAGGCGUUCUUCGGUCGAGAUCUUCUGGACCGGAGCCGGCAGGUGGACAGGAAGGCGGGGCUUGAGACGCCAGGAAGCAGUCAAUCAGGAGCAGCAACGAGUAAUGUGAAAGGCCCAGUCCCUGGUUUACAUGGCCCCUCCCCCUCAGGGUUGCCCGUAAUUGCCAUGGCAACCAGCAAGAAACAUGGAACACUGCCCACGUCGGAGGAAGCUCUAGUGGAUCUGUCUGAUGUUCUCAACACUGAUCCUCACAUACUGGCAACAGGACACACAGGUCAGUUCCAGGUGGAGCGCUCCCCCUCUCCAUUUGCCGGACUGGACAUCAGCUCCAUGGCUGACGACUCGUCUUUGACCUCUGAGCUGACAGGAGGAGGUGGGCGUGGCCAGAGGGCGGUGCAGGAGGAGCCCCUGGAUGCCGUCUUGAGCCCUGAGCUCGACAAGAUGGUCACUGACGGUGCCAUCCUCAGUAAACUGUACAAGAUCCCAGAGCUGGAGGGGAAGGACGUGGAGGAGGUGUUCACUGCUGUUCUCAGUCCAAACAGCAACAACCAACCUGAGCAGAGCCAACACACACACACUGCUGCUGGGAGCAAGACACACCAGCACCACACAGCCGGUGUGUUUCCACGUCUGCCGCUGAUGAAUGGCCUGAUGGGAGCUGCUUCUCAUUUUCCCAACAAUCCCAUGAUACCCAGCGGUGGCCAGGGUCCAGUAGGCUUUAGGAUGCCCCCUCCUGAGGGCCCCGCCCCCGCUCUGCUCCCGGGCCCUGGCACCGGGCUGGCCUCGGCCAAUCAGGCACCGGCAGGAGAGGGUGAGCAGGAUGUGAUGUCAACAGCUCAGAGGGGCAUGUUGAAGUGGGAGAAAGAAGAAACUCUGGGAGAGCUGGCCACCGUCGCUCCGGUCCUCUACUGUAACACCAACUUCCCUCAGCUGAGAGAGCAGUAUCCUGACUGGUCCACCAGAGUGAAGCAGAUUGCCAAACUGUGGAGGAAAGCCAGCUCUCAGGACAGAGCACCCUAUGUGCAAAAAGCUCGGGAUAACCGGGCGGCUCAGCGUAUCAACAAGGUACAGAUGUCCAACGACCCGCUCAAACGCCACCUGCCCUCGCAGCAGCUGCCGCAGCAGCAUCAGCAGCCGCAGCAGCCGCAGCAGCCGCAGCAGCCGCAGCAGCAGCAGCAGCAGCCGCCACCGCCGCCAGGACCUUAUGACCCCGUUUCCAUGGAGGCGGAGGUGGCAUUCAAGGACCCGCUGAGGCCCAAAGAGUCAGAGCAGGAGCAGGAGUGGAAGUUCAGACAGGGAGAGGUAAAUGACAGAUGGGGAGCCGGUAAGAAGAGGCAGGAAAAUCUCCCCCAAAGCAAAGCCCUAAAAUCACCAACAGAUAAAGAUUGUCCCUACCAGGCAUCUGUAGCAGGAGGUGGCAAAGAGGCUCUGCAAAUGCGCCAGAAGAGUAAGCAGCUGGCCAAGAUCGAGGCCACGCAGAAGCUGGAGCAGGUGAAGAACGAGCAGCUGCAGCAGCAGCGGCAGCAGCAGCUGCUGGCCAGCCAGCGCCUGGCCGGACGACUGUCCCCUGAAACCGGCAGCCGCAGCCCGAUGAACCCCACCCAGCAGCCGGCCGCCGGGGGCAACGCCUCCCCCCUCCAUCCCCCAGCAUCCAGGGAGGGUCAGUGCAGGCAGCACCUCCUCCUGCAGGGGGGCCAGAGUUCAGGACUGGCCGACGACGUCUUCCUCAGACCGCAAGCUCCUCCUCCUUCCGGCUUCUCCUCGCUUCCUCACUCUCCUCACCCCCCCUCCCCUCUCCAACAGCCCCCAUCCUCCCCACAGAUGUUCUCCCCGCCCUCCUCUCGCCCCUCCUCGCCAUGGGAUCCUUACAGUAAGGUAGCAGGGACUCCUCGCCCCACCUCCUCACAGCCUGGCGGUCCCCCAGCCCCCAGCCAGCGUCGCAACUCCCUCAGCGCCUCCCCGGCUCAUGAUGCUUUCAGUUCCCCUGCACCAUCCCCUGACUCUAAAACCUCCGACGUGUCCAGGGCCCUUGGACCCCAACCAGGACUGCAGCAGAGCAGAGCAGGUAUGAUGAGCCCCUCCUCUGGCUCAGCCCCCGACCACACAGCCAGACACGUUGGUGUCCGAGCAGCUGAGACCUACCAGAGGGCUCCUCAUAACAGCAGUAACCUCCGUGUAGCAGUGUCUGAAUCUUAUGGUAGGGCUGGUGAACUGGUCCAGGGUGGGGUGUUUAAAGCCCCCAUGCCGCCCCAGCAACAGCUUCAGCAGGAGGUGUUUGGAAGCACAGGAGGAGGAGGAAGGAGGGACCCGUCCAGACCCACAGACCUGGGCUUUGCCCUCCCCCAGUCGCAGGACCCUCCCUUUCCCUCCAGUCCGCUAUCAGGGCUAGGGUCCCCACACCGCAGCCCCUAUGCCCAGACGCCCGGCACCCCCAGACCUGACUACAGCCAGCAGAUCAGUGAUCCCUUCACCCAGCAGUCGCCUUUGACCUCCCGGCCCUCUCCUGACCCCUACACCAACCCUCAGACCCCCGGUACACCACGCCCGCACUCUGACCCUACGUACCUCACCACCCCACCUGCACUGCGGCUGGACCAGUAUAACCAGCAGUCUGCCAACCGUCGGCCGUCCCCUUCCCACGCAACCCUCGACCCCUACGCCUCCAACCCAGGAACACCCCGCCCUUCUGUCACCGAGCGCUUCCCUCGCUCGCCAGGGAGUCAGCGGGGCACCGACCCCUACGCCCAGCCCGUCGGUACACCGAGACCCUCGCCGGACCCCUACGCCCAGCAACCUUCCACACCGCGGCCCCAGAAGGGCCCCGAGCCCUACAUCCAGGCCCCAAUGGAGAGCUUCACUCCUCAGCCAGCAGGACCUGGGUCAUCCCCUCUGGCUUCAGGACUGUCUGGAGAGACGGCGCCCUUCACCCCAGCACAUCACCAGUUGCAGCAGUCUCCAGGAAGGCAACAACAGCAGGACUCAUUUCCCAGAACCCCCAGCAGCCAGACCACAAAGCACCCCGGGAUGUCAGAGGAGGGCGGUUUCUCUGGUUUGGCCAGUCAGACUCCGGGUCACGACCCCUUCGAGCAGGGUCACAUGACACCAGGCCUUUCGCAAAUGGACAAGACAGCAGCCAAUGAAAUGGCAGCGCUUGGGGUGGCCUCUUUAGAUGGGCCAAUGAGCAUGCUGCCUCAGCCUGGUGACUCUGAGGAGAAGCUGAGACAGCGUCAGCGGCUGCGGCAGCUCAUCCUGAGGCAGCAGCAGCAGAAGAGUGCAUUACGGCAGGAAAAGGGUCUCCAAGAACCAGCUUCUGGAACAGGUGUACCCCCUGCUGCUCCACCAGGCCCUGCCUCUAGUUCAGGGACACCCCGUCACUGGUCCCAGGAGGACUCCUCUACCUCCAGCGCUCCUCCAGCAGACCUGUUUGGACGUCCCCCACCUCCCUAUCCUGGAACAGUGAGACCUGUUGGGCCAGCGGUAGCUCCGGCUCCGAGGUUCCCUGGAGGUUUCCCAGGGGAGCAACAGAGAGGCUUCAUCACCAGCGAGGCUUCCUUCCCCAGGCAGAGCCUCCCCAGAGAGCUGGGUGUCAGAGGACCAGUCCUGAGGUUCGGUGUUCCCCCAGGAGCUCCAGCGGGCCUGCAGGACUCCUUCUUGCGUCCUCCCCAGGGUUCGUUGCCUGGAGCUGGGCUUAGUGCGGUGGAGAGGGUACCUGUCCAGAUGAGGGGGCCAAUGCCCGGGGAGUUGAGCAGCAUCCGACCCCUCACUGCUCCCAACGCUCACCCACACAUGAUGCCAGGUGUCCCCCAGCCAUUCCUCCCACGCUCCCUCCCCAUCCAGCAGCAUAGCAUCAUGGGACAGCCCUACAUCGAGCUUCGACACCGGGCCCCCGAGAAUCGCCUGAGGCUGCCCUUUCCCCUAGCCGCUCUCCCAGACCCCGAGGCCUCGCUGCUGCACCCCAGAGACCCGCAGCUGUCGCCGGUCAGGCCCGGUCAGGGGGCAAGGAUGGGUGAGACGCCUCUGGGCCAGCAGAUGGUGAUGGUGGGAGGCGUGGAGCAGCUGAACCAACAGGACCAGCAGCACCUCGGUCACACAGUGGCUCUGACUCAGAGCGGCGAGUCAACUCUCCCAGGGGCUGAUGGGAUAGAGGAGCACCUGGAGGGGGAGGACUCGGCUGUGAAGGAUCUGGAGGAUGUGGAGGUGAAAGAUCUGGUUGACCUCAACCUGAACCUCGACCCCGAAGACGGUAAAGAGGACCUGGAUCUGGGGCCUAACGACCUCCACCUUGACGACUUUCUGCUAUCGGGGAAGUUUGACCUGAUCGCCUAUGCUGACCCCGAGCUCAACCUGGAGGACAAGAAAGACAUGUUCAACGAGGAGCUGGACCUGGAGCCAGUGGAGGAAAAGGACGGGGAGAGGAGGGACGGAGCGUGUGGGUCCAGAAAAACUGAUAGCCACACCCACCUGGUGGGCCAGGUUAAACAGGAAGUGAAGGACGGUGUCAAGACGGAAGCCAGGGACGCAGCCCAGCACGUUACAACACAACCUGGGGUCGUCGCCACCAGCAAACCCACCGGACCCCUAGGAGCUCCAGGGAUCAAGGCAGCAGGCUCCAACCAGACCGGUUCCUCUGCCCUCCUCACCAAGGAGAAAGUGGAGGACUCCGGUUCUGGUUCAGGGGCCUUGCCAGCUCUCCAGACCCAGGAACAGGCUCCAUCAUCAGGCCUGGCUCCCAGGGUUCACCCCCCCAUGGCUGCAGGUCAACAGUCUGUCUUCCAGCAGCAGCAGAGACCCUUUGGACCCUCCCCUUCCCCCUCGGCUCUCCUCACCCCCCAACCUCAGGGUCUUCCGGUGUCUCCUCACCCCAGUCUGACUCCUCAGGGCCCCACUGCCCCGCCUCACCCACUGUCCCUUGAAUCCUCCCAACCACACCUCCUCCUCAGCCCCCAGACCCAGCCUCCACAUCCAGGAACGUCCACCCAGACCCAGGGCCAGGCUGUCUUCCCCCAGAACCAGGGGCAGAACCAGAACCAGAACCAGAACCAGAACAAACCCAGACCUCUGCUCCUUGAGGAGCAGCCACUCCUCCUGCAGGACCUCCUGGACCAGGAGCGUCAGGAGCAGCAGCAGCAGAAACAGAUGCAGUCCCUGAUCAGACAGAGGUCCACCUCAGACACUCUGUUUCCCAACAUGGCAGACUUUGACUCCAUCUCGGACCCCAUCAUGAAGGCUAAGAUGGUGGCUCUCAAGGGCAUCAACAAGGUGAUGACUCAGGGCAACCUGGGACUGAACCCCAUGGUCAUCAACAGUGUCAGGUUCCAGCAGGCUCCAGCUCCAGGAGCCCCAGGUCCAGAGGGGACUCCUCAGCCUCCACACCUGGUUGGACAGGACGGGAAGUUGAACCCUCAGUUGGUGCGACCCAGCCCCCCCAGCUUCAGCCCGGGCUUUGUCAAUGAGACUCAGCGGCGUCAGUAUGAGGAGUGGUUGGGGGAGACGCAGCAGCUCCUGCAGAUGCAGCAGCGCCUCCUGGAGGACCAGAUCGCCACCCACCGCAAGACCAAGAAAGCUCUGUCGGCCAAACAGAGAACGGCCAAGAAGGCCGGCCGAGCUUUCGCCGAGGAGGACGCCACCCAGCUCCGCUACAUCACCGAGCAGCAGGGGGCGGUCCAGAAACAGCUGGAGCAGAUCCGGAAACAGCAGAAGGACCAUGCAGAGCUGAUCGAGGACUACAGAACCAAGCAGCAGCAGCAGAGAGCUCUGCAGCAGCAGCAGCAACAACCAGCUGCUCCCCCCAUGAUGCCUUCAGGAGCUCCCCCCGUUCCCCAGACCCUGCUCUCCCAGCCCAUGGUGCCCAUGCAGCCCCACCAGGGCGGCCCCUCCCCAGCCUGCGUCCCUAACAUCCCUCCUGGUUGGACCGCAGGGGCCGGGGCUCCAGGGACGAUGGGGCAGAGGAUGCCACCUCAUCUCCCCCCUCAGAUGCCCCCCACCCUGCCUAAAGCCCCACCGGCUUCCCCGCACACGCAGACGCCCCCGGUCAUGGUGCCGAACCUCGCUGCUCCAGCAGCGGGCUUCAGUACAGGUCCCAGGGGCCCUGCAGGAGGGCCCAACGGAGCGUCAGGGGACGGAGCCGCCCCCACACCUCAGGUGAAGUUUGACGACAACAACCCUUUCAGCGAAGGUUUCCAGGAGAGAGAGAGGAGGGAGAGGCUGAGAGAGCAGCAGGAGAGGCAGAGAGUCCAGCUAAUGCAGGAGGUGGAGCGUCAUCGGGCCCUGCAGCAGAGACUGGAGCUGGAGCAGCAGGGCCUCCUGGGAGCCUCAAUGGGUCCCGGGGCUGGAGUCGCAACAAUGCCUCCGGCCGGGGCUCGGGUCGGGCAGACACCUGGACCUGGAGGUCCUACGGGGCCAGCGCCUGCGCCGGGUGGGGACAGUCUCUCACAGAUGCCUUUUUUCAGCUCUGAGCUGCCCCAGGACUUCCUCCAGUCCCCCCCAGCCUCCAGACCUCCACCGCAGCACCAAGGCCAGACAGGGUUGCCAUUCCCCCAGCAGGCAGGCCUCCACCAGGGAUUCACAGGAUCCCUGCACCCUGGAGCUCACCCUGCUCAAGGUCUGCCUGGCCAUGCAUCCACGAUGGAUGUGGCUCCCCCCAACCUCCAGACCAGACCGAGGCUCCCAGGCCCCACCGGGCAUUCAGCCCAAGAACCGGUGUGCCCAGCUGGGAUAGGUGCCACAGGAAUGACCCCCUCCCAUCCUGGGGGUCAGGGCCAUCGAUUUGGACACGACUCCUCUUCUUCCUCCCCCUCGGCCCCCCUCCCCCCCUCCCUCCCCUGCUCCUCCUCUGGAGGCCCCGCCUCCCUCAUCCAGCUCUACUCUGACAUCAUCCCCGACGACAAGCCAAAGAAGAAGAGGAGCAGGAAGAGGGACGGAGACGACACCGUGGGCAGAGGGGGAGCUAGGACGCCGCUGUCCUCCCACUCUGAUGACAUCACAGCCCCGCCCACUCCAGCGGUAUCUGACACUUCCUGCUCCACGCCCACUCGGGGCAGUUUGGACCAAUCAGAUGUGUUAUUCCCUGGUUUGGCCCCAUCGUCCGAGUUGGAGAGGCAGCUGUCUGUCAGCUCUGCUGCCCAGCAGAGAGCCUCCAUCCUGGGGAUGGAGUCUCAGAGAGGCCUCCUGUUUGCAGCUCGUCUGGAGGUCAAGGAGGAGUGGGAGGAGGGGGGAGCAUGUGGAGGAGGUGUGGUGAAGAUGGAGGAGGGUGGGGGUGAGGGAUUCCCCUCUAAUUCUCCUCUUCACGGGGGAGGUAAAGACGGAGACGGGGGGAAGGAGCUGCUCAGACACCUGCUGAAGGACAAAAGCUCCCCUGCCACCACGCCAUCACCGACCAGCCAGGUCACCCCCGCUGCCCGCCGCCAGCUGUCCAAUGAAAGCGCCCGGUCUGAGGAGGAGGACAGGCCUGGUUCCUGUAGCAACAUGGUGAUGAUGGACAGUCCAGGUCGAGACCUGCUGGACUCCUCCGGCAGGAAGAAGACUCAGCGCUGUAAGAGGCUCGCCCGGCCCGAGAAGGACAGAGCUCCUCCCAAAUACAAGAGGAGGAAGAGAGAGGAGGAGGAGAAGAUGCUCCACUCCUCCACCACCUCCUCCUCUGACCCGUUGAUGACACAACUCAGACAGCUGUCGAUGCUGCCCCUCAUGGAGCCGGUUCUGGGGGUGGAUCUUAGUCUGUUCCCCCCGUACGGCAGCUCCUCGCUGGGCAGAGACUCUAGACUGACCGGGUCCUUCGGUAACGCUUGCCUGGAUGGAGUCACGGACUACUACUCCCAGCUCAUAUACAAGCAGAAUAACCUCAGUAACCCCCCCACACCCCCAGCCUCCCUGCCCCCAACACCCCCGCCUGUCGCCAGGCAGAAGCUGGUGAACGGCUUUGCCACGACGGAGGAGCUGGCCAGGAAGGAGAUCACGGAGCAGGACGUGAAAGGAGUGUCAGAGCUGAAGCAGAAAGGGGAGGGGCUUAUGGCUUUAAAUCACGCCCACAAGACCGUAGACGUCCCCGCCUCCCUGCCGACUCCGCCUCACAACAACCAGGAGGAGCUCAGGGCCCAGGACUCGUCGGAGCGCGACAGCCCGGACGGCUUCGUCCCGUCGUCGUCUCCGGAGAGCGUGGCGGACGUGGAGGUCAGCAGGUACCCUGACCUCUCCUUCGUCAAGCUGGAGCCGCCCUCGCCCUGCCUGUCACCUACAUUACCCAUAAUGCCCAGCGCCUGGGGAAAAGGCUCUGCAGUGAAACAGGAAGUGAAGGCGGAGCCUAACCAUCAGGGUCCUCCCUCCUGCUCUAACACAGACCUGGUUACCAUAGCGAUAACCCUGAAUCCUGUGGCAGCUCAGAACGUUGCAGGUGUGAUGGCGGCGGUGGCGGAGCUUCUGCGGGUCCCGGUCCCCGUCGACUACCAGCUGACCCGAGCAGCCGGUCUUGAGCGCAGCUCUCUGGCCCUGCUGGCCGGAGUGCGAGUGCCGCUGACACAGGGUUCAACAGGCAGCAGGCAGCAGAGGCCUCCACCUGCUGCUGGAAACACUGGUGUCAGGAUGGAUUACAGCCAACAUGGCGGCUCUGCGGCUGCCUCCAGGCCUCAGAGUUGCAACUACUGCAAGGUGCUUCUGGGAAACGGAGUCCGCAUCGUCAAGGAGCUCAAACAGGAGGGUCAGUCUAGACCAGGAUCCAGCCUGGUGUUCUGCAGUCCAAACUGCUCUGCUCUCUACACAUCUGACCUACAGAGCAGAACAGCUGGAAACAAGUCUGCGGUCCCCAUCCUGCUGUCCGGCACGGAGCGCGCCCCUCCCAGCAGAGUGCAGCACCCGUACACCAACAACAUGUCCUCCAUCGCCGUACACUCCCUCCCCCACACUACCCUCUCACCUCCCCCCACCUCCUCCUCCUCCUCCUCCCCAACACUAUCCUUCCCCCCCGCCUCAGCCAUCACCAUGGAGAACAGGCCUCGAAUGGACAGCCUGAAGGUUAAGGUGAAGCUCAAGCCCCGCCCCCGCGCAGUCCCAGGUGGAGAGGACUUUUCUCGGCACGGGAAGAGGAUGAAGAAUACCCGCUGGAGACGUUGGAGCGUUAGCAUCAAACUUAGCCGGGGUCCCUGCAUCCCUAACGAGGCAGUUGCCAUGCCAAUGGAGGGGGAAGUGGAUGUGCUCUUGAAGAAGUUGGGGGCUUGUCUUCGUCCCGAACCGUUACCCAAAGACCAGCGGAGGUGCUGCUUCUGUCAACAGCAAGGAGACGGACAGACGGACGGACCAGCUAGACUGCUGAACCUGGACCUGGACCUGUGGGUCCACCUGAACUGUGCUCUGUGGUCCAGUGAGGUGUAUGAAACUCAGGCCGGCGCUCUGAUCAAUGUGGAACUGGCUCUCAGACGAGGUCUGACUCUGCGCUGCGCUCACUGUCAGCAGACCGGAGCCACGAGCGGCUGCAACCGCCUCCGCUGCACCAACACCUACCACUUCACCUGCGCACUGCAGGCCCACUGCACCUUCUUCAAGGAUAAGACGAUGCUCUGUCACCUCCAUAAGCCCAGGACGGUUCCUCUCAGUGGGGACAGGUCUUCCAGCGGCUCACCCUCCUCCACUCCAGGGCCGACCCCUGACCCGGCAGCGAUGGUGGCCUCUGACCCGUACGACUCGGAGCUGCGGUGCUUCGCCGUGUUUCGGCGGGUGUACGUGCAGAGGGACGAGGCGCGGCAGAUCGCCGCUGUGGUGCAGCGUGGCGAGCGGCAGCACACCUUCCGGGUCGGCAGCCUGCUGUUCCGUGCCGUCGGCAGGCUCCUCCCUCAGCAGAUGAAGGCCUUCCACAACCAGACCGCCAUCUUCCCUAUCGGUUACCAUGCCAACCGCAUCUAUUGGAGCAUGCGCCACAGCAGCAGACGCUGUAAGUACAUGUGCUACAUUGAGGAGAAGGAGGGUCAGCCGCUGUUUAAAGUCAAGGUGGUGGAGAAAGGACACGACGACCUCAUACUGACUGGACCAACACCUAAAGCUGUGUGGGACCAGAUACUGGAACCAGUAUCACAGAUAAGAUCCUCCAGUGGGACUCUGAAGCUCUUCCCAGUUUACUUGAAAGGAGAAGAUCUGUUUGGUCUGACAACAUCUGCAGUGACCAGGAUCAUAGAGUCUUUACCAGGUGUGGAGGCCUGUGAGCGUUACAUCUUUCGUUACGGCAGGAAUCCUCUCAUGGAGUGGCCUCUGGCCUUCAACCCGUCAGGCUCAGCCCGCUCUGAACCCAAAGCCUGCCAGGCCAAGAGACCGAACCUGUUGACCAGCAUCGCCCCCAGGUGUCAGGGCUCGGUGGGAUCCAUCGUGGGUCUCGUUCCCGGUGUCAUCUCUCUGUCUCCAGGCGAGUCUGUGGCCGGAUCUCACCAGGGACGCCACUCCAAGUCAUCCCAGUACCGCCGCAUGAAGGCCGAGUGGAAGAGCAACGUGUACCUGGCCCGCUCUCGCAUCCAGGGUCUGGGUCUGUACGCUGCCAGAGACAUCGAGAAAUGCACCAUGGUCAUCGAGUACAUCGGCACCAUCAUCAGGAGUGAAGUGGCCAAUCGUAAGGAGAGGCUGUACGAGUCACAGAACCGUGGUGUGUACAUGUUUCGCAUCGACAAUGACUACGUGAUCGACGCCACCAUCACUGGAGGACCAGCCAGGUACAUCAACCACUCGUGUGCUCCCAACUGCAUCACAGAGGUGGUCACUGUGGAGAAGGAGAACAAGAUCAUCAUCAGCUCCUGCAGACGCAUCCAGAGAGGAGAAGAGCUGAGUUACGACUACAAGUUCGACCUGGAGGACGAUCAACAUAAGAUCCCCUGUCACUGCGGAGCCGUCAACUGCCGCAAAUGGAUGAACUGAACACACACACACACACACACACACACACACUGGCAGCUCUCUCUCUCUCUCUCUCUCUCUUUCUCUCUCUCUCUCUCUCUCUCUCUCUCUGUCGUCUCGGUGCUGAAGCUGGAUGUCGAUCGCCCACUUUCCUGUGGGCGGUGCUCAACUUCAUAUCAGAAGUAAAUAUAAUAAUAUUAAU